AUGGCCGCCAUUGUCGAGAACUCGGCAAACUCGAUUACCCUCAACGGGAACCAGGGAGCUGCCGAGGGCAUCCCCAACGAUGGCACUGGUGUCGUGAAGCUCGAUCCUUGGCUGUCGCCUUUUCAGGAAUCCCUCAAGCGGCGCUACGCCCGCGCCCAGGACUGGAUCCAGAAGAUCAACGAUACCGAGGGCGGCAUUGAAAAGUUCUCCAAGGGCACGUCCAUCUUCGGAUUCAAUGUAGACAAGGACAACAACAUCGUCUACCGCGAGUGGGCUCCUAAUGCCACCCAGGCCUUCCUCACCGGCGAUUUCAACAACUGGGACAGAAACUCCCAUGAGAUGACAAAGAACAACUUUGGCGUCUUUGAAAUCACUCUCCCUGCCGUCAAUGGCGGAGCUGCCAUUCCCCAUAACUCCAAGAUCAAGCUCCCGAGCGGCGAGCGCGUCGACCGUCUUCCCGCAUGGAUCAAAUACGUGACGCAAGACUUGUCCAUAUCCCCCGCGUACGAAGCUCGCUUCUGGAACCCACCCGCAGCCGAAAAGUACGAGUUCAAACACCCGAGGCCGCAGAAGCCUAAGAGCGCUCGCGUCUACGAAGCACAUGUUGGAAUUUCCUCUCCUGAGCUGAGAGUUGCGACCUACAAAGAGUUUACCCACAACAUGCUGCCUAGAAUCAAGAGCCUUGGGUAUAACGUCAUUCAGCUCAUGGCGGUCAUGGAGCAUGCGUACUAUGCCAGCUUUGGUUACCAAAUCAACAACUUCUUUGCUGCGAGUAGCCGAUAUGGACCACCCGAGGACUUGAGGGAGCUGGUCGAUACUGCUCAUAGCAUGGGCAUCGUCGUGCUUCUUGACGUCGUCCACAGUCACGCCUCCAAGAACGUGUUGGACGGACUGAACGAAUUUGAUGGAACAGACCACCAGUACUUCCAUGAAGGUGGCCGCGGUCGUCAUGAGCUGUGGGAUAGUAGGCUGUUCAACUACGGUCACCACGAGGUCAUGCGCUUCCUUCUCAGUAACUUGAGAUUUUGGAUGGAUGAGUACCACUUUGAUGGUUUCCGUUUUGAUGGAGUGACCAGCAUGCUGUAUUUACACCAUGGUAUUGGCACUGGGUUUUCUGGGGGUUACCACGAGUACUUUGGCUCCGAUGCUGAUGAAGAGGCCAUCGUCUACCUUAUGAUUGCCAACGAGAUGCUCCACUCUCUCUACCCAGAAGUUAUCACUGUUGCUGAAGAUGUCUCUGGCAUGCCCGCUCUCUGUCUUCCCCUUUCCCUUGGUGGUGUUGGCUUUGACUAUCGUCUUGCCAUGGCAAUUCCAGAUAUGUGGAUCAAGAUUCUCAAGGAGAAGAAGGACGAGGACUGGGAUAUUGGCAACAUUUGCUUUACCCUCACGAACAGAAGACAUGGCGAAAGGACGAUUGCAUACUGCGAGAGUCACGACCAGGCGCUUGUUGGCGACAAAACCCUGAUGAUGCAUCUUUGUGAUGCCGAGAUGUACACCAACAUGUCGACCCUCACCCCCUUGACGCCAACAAUCGAUCGUGGCAUGGCCCUCCACAAAAUGAUCCGUCUGUUGACCCACGGUCUCGGCGGAGAAGGAUACCUUAACUUUGAGGGUAACGAAUUUGGGCACCCUGAGUGGCUCGACUUCCCGCGUGAAGGCAACCAGAACUCAUUCUGGUACGCUCGUCGCCAGCUGAACCUGACUGAUGAUCACCUCCUUCGCUACAAGUUCCUCGACCACUUUGAUCGUCUCAUGAACACCACGGAGCAGAACUACGGUUGGCUGGCGGCGCCACAAGCAUACAUCUCUCUCAAGCACGAGGGAGACAAGGUCAUCGUCUUUGAGAGGGCCGGCGUUGUCUUCAUUUUCAAUUUCCACCCCACCGAGAGCUACGCUGACUACCGAAUUGGCAUUGAGGUUUCUGGAACGUACAAGGUCAUUCUGAACACCGACCACAAGGAUGUUGGCGGCCAUGGUCGCAUUGAUGAAGGCACUCGCUUUUUUACCACGCCCAUGGAAUGGAACAACCGCAAGAAUUGGACUCAUGUGUACAUCCCAAGCCGGACUGCUCUGGUGCUUGGUUUGGAGUCUCCUGUCACCCAAAACUCUUAG